GAGCUUUCAUGUAUCACAAACAACGCCACCGCCACCGCAGCCCUAAGACAUUACGUCAUCCAUCUUCAUUCGUAAAUCCCAAUAAUCAUGGGUAGCGAAAAUCGUGAUUUCCACAUCUGUUUCUUUCCUUUCAUGGCUCACGGCCACAUGAUACCGAUCUCCGACAUGGCCAAGCUCUUUGCAUCCCAAGGAGUAAAAACCACCAUAGUCACCACUCCUCUAAAUGCCCCAACAUUAUCCAAAGCCACCCAAUCAAGUAAAACCUGCUCCGGCGGCGUCGAAGUCAGAAUCAAAACCAUCAAGUUCCCUUCUGUAGAAGCCGGUCUGCCAGAAGGGUGCGAGCAUGUCGACUCACUCCCCUCACCAGAAUUCAGGACCAAUUUUUACAAAGCAACAAGCCUUCUCCAAGAACCUCUAGAGCAUCUUCUGCUCCACGAAAACCCUAGUUGCCUUGUGGCAGACUUUCUUUUUCAUUGGGCAACUGAUGCUGCUGCAAAGUUUGAUAUUCCAAGGCUAAUUUUUCAUGGCACUAGUUUCUUUGCCAUGGCUGCCUCAGAUAUUGUGACAAAGUAUGAGCCGUUCAAGAACACUUCGUUGGAUUCGGACCCUUUCAUGAUUCCGGAUUUUCCUGGUGAGAUUACGAUGACACGAGCCCAAGUUCCUGAUCAUGUCAAGGAAAAUAUCGAAAACGACUUGAUCCGGAUGGUCAAACGGGCCAAGGAAGCUGAGAAAACGAGCUAUGGAAUUGUUGUGAACAGUUUCUAUGAGCUCGAAUCGGCUUAUGCAGAUUAUUACAGAAACGUGCUUGGGAUGAAAGCUUGGCAUAUUGGCCCUGUUUCUCUAUGCAAUAGAAACAAUGAAGAAAAAGCACUUAGAGGAAAAGCAGCUUCCAUCAACGAGCACGAUUUCUUGAAGUGGCUUGAGUCAAAAGAACCUAAUUCGGUUGUUUAUGUAUGUUUUGGAAGCGUGGCUAAAUUCAAUGCCUCUCAGCUUAAGGAGAUUGCAAUGGGGCUUGAGGCUUCUGGGCAGGACUUCAUGUGGGUUGUGAGGACCGGACAAGGUUAUGACAUGGAGAAAGAGGAGUGGCUGCCAGAAGGGUUUGAGGAUCGGAUGGAAGGGAAAGGACUAAUCAUAAGAGGGUGGGCCCCGCAGGUUCUGAUUCUUGAUCAUGGGGCAGUUGGCGGGUUUGUGACUCACUGUGGGUGGAACUCGACGUUGGAAGGGAUCGCUUCCGGGUUGCCGAUGGUGACGUGGCCGGUGGCGGCCGAGCAGUUUUACAACGAGAAGCUGGUGACCCAAGUGCUGAAAAUUGGUGUCGGAGUUGGUGCUCAGAAAUGGGUUAGGGUUGUGGGGGAUAGCGUGAAGAAGGAAGCUGUUGAGAAAGCUGUCAGGAGGAUUAUGGUGGGUGUGGAAGCACAAGAAAUGAGAAGCAGAGCUAGGGAACUUGCAGAGCAGGCAAAGAGGGCUAUUGAGAAAGGGGGAUCGUCACACUCUGAUUUGAAUGCUUUAAUUGAAGAGUUGAGUUCCCACUAGUUAGAAUUGGAGCACACAUUCAGAUGGACUUCACUUUCGGAAUAUUUCUGAUUGAUAAUGUUUUGUACAAAAUCUAAGUAAGAAUAGUCACUCAUAAUUCAUGAACGAAUGAUUAAUGUUGAGGAUAGUGACUAAAAGUUUAUUUGUUUUUCUUUUGACCCAGAUUAGACUUUCACGAUGCAUUUUAUUUAUCUCUAAGGGUCAUAUAUUUGCCCAGCCAAAGAAAAUAAUUCUAAGGGUCCUAUACUCUUUUCUUUAA